AUGUGUAUUGAAAUGACAGAUGGGAUGUCACUCGACGGUCCCAAACGAUUUGCAACCGAAGCUCUAUUGAGAGGUAUAACAUAUGGACGAAGAGGAUUGGGCUGUAUAUUCGUAUGGGCUUCUGGUAAUGGAGGAAUAAAAGGAGAUAAUUGCAAUUGCGAUGGAUAUGUGAGCUCUAUAUACACGAUCUCGAUUGGGAGCGCGAGUCAGUCGGGAGCGUUUCCCUGGUAUAGUGAGAGAUGUGCCUCAACACUGGCCGUCACUUAUUCGAGCGGCACGUAUACCGACCAGAAGAUCGCGACAACCGAUUUGCACGACAAGUGCACAAUCGACCACUCGGGCACUUCGGCCGCCGCCCCGUUGGCCGCCGGGAUGAUAGCCCUCGUCCUCGAAGCUAAUCCAAACAUCACGUGGAGAGAUGUCCAGCACCUGAUUGUCUGCACCGCACAAUUCACACCACUUAUCGAAAAUAAAAGUUGGAAGCGAAAUGCAGCCGGACUUAUGUAUAACAGCCGAUUUGGCUUUGGACUUAUGAAAGCCGAUCUAUUAGUGAAGGCGGCUCUCAAAUGGGUUAAU